AUGAGUAAUAAUGAAGCUGCUGACCGCCAGCAGACCGUUAUGAAUCUCAAGACCCUCUACGAGCAAAAGGAAACUGUCACAAAGAGGAUCAAAGGAACCUCCAGCCUUUUCCUGAAUGAGGAAUACAGCGACCUAACCAUCAUCUGCAAGAGUGAGGUCUUCCCUGCUCACAAAAACAUUCUUUGCACCGGAUCGGCCUAUUUCAAAGCAGCUUGCGGCAACCCGGCCUUCAUUGAGUCUCAAGGAAUCAUUGACAUUAAAGAGUCGGAGCCAAUGCUUCUCAAGAAAGUCCUAAGCUUCCUCUACACCGGCGACUACGACUUUGCGGAAGAAAGAAAGGCCCACAAGGAGGCGAAGGAAUCCAAAGGCACAAAGCGAUCAGCAGAUGGCGAUCUAAUCAAAGCACCUGCCACAGACAAGCUAACAGAAGAAGAGAUGAAAAUGAUGGAAGCUCAUCCUGCGUAUCUCCACUACCGCGUCUACGCUGAGGCGGACUACUUCAUGGUCGACGAUCUGAAGGCCAAGGCGGGUACCUACUUCGAGGAGACUACAAUGGCCAAAAGACUUCCUGCGGACACCUUGUUGGAGAUGAUCGAGGAGAUUUGGGCUGAUGGGCCAAACUUCACGGAAGUGAAGGAGGCAGUGGUUGCGGACUGUGUGCGCAACCUGCGAUACUAUCAACGCGGCCGACAGCCGAUGUUGACCUCCGAGUUCCUGGAGGAGCACCCACAGUUUGCAACUGCUCUUUGUCUCGAGUUGAGCAAAGAGCAUAUCCGGGUGCUCGAUAGCCUAACGGGGCCCCAAAUCCCAAGGAACCCAAUUCGAGUCCAAGACCGAUGGAGAAUGUCCAGGGGCCGCCAGCCGGGGAGAUAA